CAGAGAUCCCGCCCAGCGCGCGGCGAACCCUAAACCCCGCGCCUCCCGUCCCCUUCCCCUAGCGCGACCUCUCUCUCGCGAACGCAGGAGGGAGGGGGAUACUAGAGCGGCGACGAAGAGGCCGCCACACAGGAAGGAAAUUUGGACUUGGAGCUGAAGGUUGGGGAAUAGCAUAGGUCACUUUGUUGAGGAACCAAACAGAGCCUAAGAUUUACUUGUUCCGGGAGAUAUCUUACUUCCUGCAAGCAAUCAAAUCCAAAUUUUCCAAAAAGAAAAUGGGGGCGCUUCCUAUGGCCAACGCUAAAUGUGCCCCUGCAAAGAAUGAGGAUGCUUCCCUUGCCACUGAGCCAAUUAAGAAAGAUGAGGUGAGAGCUGAUGAUUUUGUGGAUGUAAUCUCGUCCUUGCCUGUUGAGUUUGAGGCCAACAGCGGUGACGUGCACCCCCUCAUUAAGAAGGAGGAAGAGCAGUUAUUGUCGCCUGUCAAGGAGGAGAAAGCUGAUGAUUUCAUGAAUGCAAGUUCAUCUAUACCUAUUGACCUUGAGGCCAAGAAUGGCGAUAUAUCCCUGAUCACAGAAGCAAUGAAAAAGGAAGAAGAACAGCUUGAGGCGGCCCGGGUUAAGGCAGAGGAGGAAGAGGAAGCCAGGAAGAGGGAAGAAGCUGCAAAACUUGCUUUUGAUCCUGAGGCACGGUAUAGCAAGUUAGAUGAGCUGCUGACGAAGACACAGCUCUUUUCGGAGUUUCUACUUGAGAAGAUGGAUCAAAUCACUGAUGAAGGUGUUGAAACUCAAGCUAAAGAGACACCGAUAGAAGAGAAGAAGAAAGGGCGUGGUCGAAAGAGGAAAGCGAAUACUGUGCCACAGUACAACGAUAAGAAGGCUAAGACGGCAGUGGCAGCCAUGCUUACAAGAUCUCGCGAUGAUCGCCUUGCUGACGAUUGCACUCUCUCUGAAGAAGAAAGGUGGGAGAAAGAUCAGGCCAAUCUUGUGCCAUUAAUGACUGGCGGAAAGUUGAAAUCAUACCAGAUAAAGGGUGUGAAGUGGCUAAUAUCAUUGUGGCAGAAUGGAUUGAAUGGGAUACUGGCUGAUCAAAUGGGCCUUGGGAAAACAAUCCAGACAAUUGGAUUUCUUGCUCAUCUGAAAGGGAAAGGCAUGCAUGGUCCAUACAUGAUAAUUGCUCCUCUGUCCACUCUCUCGAACUGGGUGAAUGAAAUCUCGAGGUUUACUCCAUCUCUGGCUAGUAUCAUUUACCAUGGAGAUAAAGCAGCCCGGGCAGAGAUAAGAAGAAAAUUCAUGCCCAAAACUGUUGGCCCUGAUUUCCCGAUAGUAGUGACUUCAUAUGAGAUGGCCAUGUCAGAUGCUAGAUUUCUUGCUCACUAUAAGUGGAAGUAUGUUGUUGUGGAUGAGGGGCAUCGGUUGAAAAAUUCUAAGUGUAAAUUAUUGAGGGAGAUAAAGCGCAUACCGAUGGACAAUAAACUCCUUUUGACUGGGACACCCCUUCAGAAUAAUCUAGCAGAACUGUGGUCACUAUUGAACUUCAUUCUGCCUGAUAUAUUCUCAUCACAUCAGGAAUUUGAAUCAUGGUUUGAUUUUUCUGGGAAAGGAAAUGAAGAACAAGAAGAAACUGAAGAGAAGAGAAGGGUGCAUGUUGUUUCAAAGCUUCAUGCUAUUUUGCGUCCAUUCCUUCUAAGGCGGAUGAAGGAGGAUGUAGAACAGAUGCUUCCACGAAAGAAAGAGAUAAUCAUUUAUGCUAACAUGACUGAACAUCAGAAGCAAAUCCAGGAUCACCUGGUUGAAAAAACAUUUGACAACUACUUGCAUGAUGAAUCAGAUAUUGUGUUGCGGAAACCUGGCAUUACAGCAAAGUUGCAUAAUCUAUUAAUUCAGCUGAGGAAGAAUUGCAACCAUCCUGAUCUUUUGGAAUCUCCGUAUGAAUCAACAGGUCUGUAUCCACCUGUUGAGAAGCUUUUGGAACAAUGUGGCAAAUUCCAGCUUCUUGACAGGUUACUAAAUUCCCUGCUCGCACAAAAGCACAAGGUUCUAAUAUUUUCACAAUGGACAAAAGUGUUGGAUAUUAUCGAGUAUUACUUAGAUUCAAAAGGCCUUGAGGUUUGCCGAAUUGAUGGUAGUGUUAAAUUGGAAGACAGGAGGAGGCAGAUAGCAGAAUUUAAUGACUUGAAGAGCAAUAUGAAUAUCUUCCUCCUAAGCACACGGGCUGGGGGGCUUGGCAUCAACCUUACUUCUGCUGAUACAUGUAUCCUAUAUGACAGUGACUGGAAUCCUCAGAUGGAUUUGCAGGCUAUGGAUCGAUGCCACCGGAUUGGUCAAACACGCCCAGUGCAUGCAUAUAGGCUGGCUACAUCACAUUCUGUUGAGGGACGGAUCAUUAAGAGAGCUUUUGGGAAGUUGAGGCUAGAGCAUGUGGUGAUCGGCAAGGGACAGUUUGAACAAGAUAGAGCGAAGCCUAAUGCCUUAGAUGAGGUCGAGUUGCUGGCACUGCUGAGGGACGAGCAGGAAGAGGAAGACAGGAUGAUCCAGACCAACAUCAGCGACGAAGACCUUUUGAGGGUGAUGAACCGAAGCGACCUGUCCGGUCCACCUGGUGCUGCCGACGCCGAGCCUCUUAUCCCUCUGAAAGGCCCUGGCUGGGAGGUCGUUGUGCCGACCAAGAGCGGUGGUGGCAUGCUCUCGUCGCUCACCAGCUGAGUUUAGCUACACCGGCCUGCACUUGGUGGCGAAGCUAGAAUCAAAAUAUUAGUGAUGCACUAUAGUGGAAAAUUUUAGCCUAAAGGGUACAAACAUGGUCAAAAUAACCUGAUUAUGAAAUUUUGAUUUACCCUGGUGCCUAUACACCACUCUAGCUCCAUCUAGCUUCGCCCCUGCCUACACUAUGUUUUGGUGCUUCUUUUGCUUGCCGCACCUUGGUUAUCUGGCUGGCGAUGAGGUGCUUGGUGGCUGCUGAUCAGGCGAUGUUUUGGACAUAUGACUGUUGGACUAGGUGUUGCGCCUGCAGCAGUAGUUUAGGUGAUGUAAACAAAUCCUUGUAAGCUACUUUCUGACUUACGAUGUCUGCUGUUCUGUUGCGCUGUUGUUGCAUUUCAUUUGCGGCUUCGUUCAGCACAGAAGCAGCGAUUGGGCGACUAUACAUAAUGUCAGUCCAAUGCAAAGCUGGUUGCCUGUGUAUGGUAGUAU